CAUACAGACAUCCCUUGUCCUCAUAUGCCCUGUAUUCUAUUCUGGCUAUCAUUCAUUUCAUCUGGUGCUGAAUUAUGGAUUCAUCUUCAAGUGAUGAGGGAAUAAAUCCAUAUCUACCACAUUACUACCAACCCGGAGACCAGUCGUCGUCUCCAGGACAGCAACUCGAGGGAGAGUGGUUGGAUGCAGCUAGUGGGCCUCCUACUAAUACUGGCGCUGAGUCAUCAGUGGUAGUACAGCGGGGGCGCGGACGAGGGCGCGGACCGCGUCGCGGACGUGGUCUGAAUCGAGUGAGAGGCCGAGGAGCAAGGUCCAGAGGACGCGGUCGGGGGAUCAAUCGCGAUGCUGGAGCCGGAGGAUCGAGCUCUGGACAAACACGUCGGAGAAGGCCGAUUGCUCGACAGACAGGUAUAUUCGGUCGCCAAGUCCAAACACAUAUUGUGGAACGUCGUGAAGAGCGCCUCCAAGAACUGCGGGAGCUUAUUCUCAACUUUACCUUGGAAGAAAUUCAGCAGUUAAUGCUCAGUGUAGCUGAGCGUAAUAGCGGUAUGCUGCUUGACCUCAUGAGAGCACCCCCUGAACAAGAGCGCCAACCACAACCACCUGAAAAUUUGUUGCCGGGAUGGUGCGUCUGCACAAAUUGUAGGCCAAUGCGGCGAGAUGUUGAGAUGGUGUGUUGUGGGCUCCAGCCAGUAAAUUGUAUUUCACUCACAGAGCACUUUGCAGCAAUUCUAGACCCUUUUGUGGUCAACCUUCAGAGACGAGGUGCCCGUGAAGCUCACAAUCUAGAAGAUGACAAUCAGGCACCUGGUGCAGAGCACAACCGGAUCAGGUGGCAAGUGUAUCGGUCAUAUACUUUGUGGCAGCAUGGACGUCUGGGUGCUGGGAAUAGGGUUGUUAUUCCGAGCUGUGUUGUGACCCGUACAAGAUCUCGCUACCCAGAUCCCAAUGACCACUACACAGGUUUCCAUCAUGCAUUCUUGUGAGGUUUUCCAUCGGUGGCCUUGGAAGUGGUGCCAGACUUUUACGGAUCUGCCUUGGGUCAUUUGGAAGCAUUACUGCUGGCCGAUGCAGAGGUUGGUCAUCUCGGCAUCUCCGUUCUAGGAUGCGACUCACCAUCCCUGGCAUAUAAGUGUACUUCUUAGCAGUUCGGACCUUGGUUGUCACCCAGUCACCUGCAUGCUUGGACCAUUUAGCUCGCAAUCUUUUGGAUAAUUUAGAAAAAACAAACAAAAUGUACAAGCAUAUUUGUUAAUAUUAAGUUGAAGAAUGUCUUGGGUGUAAGAUGAAAAAAAAAUGUACGAGUAAUUUUGCACAUGAUCAGUAAUGAUGGCAAUAUGCAUGUGUAGAAUUCAUGAUACAUACAAUAUAACACACAUGAGCCAGUAGUAGAAGAAAUUUUGUAAUGUGAACCCAUGCAUUACCAGGAAGUUUUUGUCUUCAUACUGAUGUUUAGUGAUAUGAUGCUAUACCCUUACGCUGCAAAUCUGAUCUGAAAAGUUCACACGUCUUCAAAAGAAAACAAUUUUGCUAUGUGUUGUGCAGUCAGAACAUUGUGGAACGUAAUUUUAUAUAGUGUGCUUUUUACAUGACCUUCCAAUAAAAACAAACAUGCUUUGGAUUGU